AUGUCUGAUAAUUGGGUUUCUCAAUUUUUCAAUAGCUCAUCUGUUUUUCCAUCUGAAAGAGAUGUCUUUUCACCAUUUAGUGGGGUAAGAAGAAUAUUUGAUGAAUUUGAGCGAGUAUUCAGUUAUCCAAACUACACAAGGAAUGUUCAAACAUGUGAUUUCUACAAAUUUGGUGAAGGUUCUUGUGAGGAAAUGACAAAUAAAGAUGGUGAAUUUUCUAUUAAAAUGGAUGUCUCACACUUUGCUCCAAAUGAAUUAAAAGUUGACAUUGUUGAUAGAUGUUUAGUUGUUGAGGGAAAACAUGAUGAAAGAAAUGACAAUUGUGGAAGUAUUAAAAGAAUGUUCGUGAGAAAAUAUCUUCUUCCAAGUGGAGUUAAAGAGGAUGAUGUUACAAGUGAAUUAACUAGGGAUGGGUUCUUAACAAUUAAAGCUAAAAAUCAAGAAUAUAUUGAAAAUAACAAAGUAAGAAAUGUUCCCAUUACAUAUAAUUAA